AUGACUUUGUUUAAAAUAUUGUUUAUUAUAAAUAUUAUUUUUUUAUCAAUAAUAGCUGAAAAUCAAUUAACAAAAAAUGUUAUAUUUGAUGUAGCUGAAAAUUGGUGUUGUAAAAUUGAACCUAAAAUCGAAUUGAUACCACAAACUCGACAAAUAACAUACUAUGUAGUUCGACAGGGUCGUCAUAAAUGUGGCUAUGCUCCAUGUGGUUUUUUACAGACGAGUCGUUGUACAGUUUGGUGUUCAGAAAGUUGGUUAGAAGCUGAAAAUCGUAUUGAAACUUAUUUAGUUAAUAAAACUCUUCCAUGUCCAAAUGAUCAACUUCGUUGUUGUCCUAAUCAUCUUUAUAUAAUGGGUCAUUGUAUGUCAUCUGAUGAAAUUCAUAAUAAUCUAGAGUUAUUAAUGCAAUUAAAUGAAUUAGAUAUUGUUCUACCCGGUCCUAAUCAUGCUUAA